CUCGUUGCUGGAGGAUCACAUCUGCCAAACCUCUCGUGAUUCCCAUCUUCUUUUCAUCCCAUUCUCCGUUGUCUCGUGCUCUACUUCGGUAUCUUGCACCUCUACUCUCUCCUUUUCACCCUCUACCAAACCAACCACCGUCUUUCCCAAUCCCCUUAUCUCCAUCAGAUCGCCUACUAUGACUUCUGAGCGUGAGAACAAGACGUUCCUCGCCCGGCUCUGUGAGCAGGCUGAGCGCUACGAUGAGAUGGUCACGUACAUGAAGGAAGUCGCCAACAUUGGAGGCGAGCUUUCCGUCGAUGAGCGUAACCUUCUCUCCGUUGCUUACAAGAACGUGGUCGGUACCCGCCGUGCCUCGUGGCGUAUCAUCUCCUCCAUUGAGCAAAAGGAGGAGUCCAAGGGCUCUGAGCAGCACGUCUCGAUCAUCCGUGACUACCGCCAGAAGAUCGAGACCGAGCUCGAGAGGGUCUGCCAGGAUGUCCUCGACGUUCUGGAUGAGUCCCUUAUCCCCAAGGCCGAGACUGGCGAGUCCAAGGUCUUCUACUACAAGAUGAAGGGUGACUACCACCGCUACCUCGCUGAGUUUGCCUCUGGCAACAAGCGCAAGGUCGCUGCCACCGCCGCCCACGAGGCUUACAAGAACGCUACCGAUGUCGCCCAGACUGAUCUUACCCCUACCCACCCCAUCCGCCUUGGUCUCGCCCUGAACUUCUCCGUCUUCUACUACGAGAUCCUGAACUCCCCCGAUCGUGCCUGCCACCUUGCCAAGCAGGCGUUCGAUGACGCCAUUGCGGAGCUCGACUCGCUUUCGGAGGAGAGCUACCGUGACAGCACCCUGAUCAUGCAGCUCCUGCGUGACAACCUCACUCUGUGGACCUCUUCUGAUGGCAACGAGGCCGAGGGUGCUGCCCCCAAGGAGGACAAGCCCGAGGAGGAGACCGCCGCCGCCCCCGAGGACAAGGCCGAGGAGCCCAAGCCCGCUGCCCCUGAGUCCUAGAGGGGUGGUGUGUGUUCUUGUGUAUCAAAAACAGUUGUGUCCCCGACGUGCCAGUUCAGGUGUGCGAAUACUACCCGGAAACGCUUAUGAAGGUCUGCUUUUAGCUGUGCGAAGGGUCUGGACCGGCACAUAUCUUCCACUUGUUCGGGAUCCUGUGGGUCGGCCGGCGGAGUUUGAUGUUUGGAGAGCGAAGAAAAGGGGCUGAGUGGAAUUUACCUCUCUUUUAUUCUCUCUUUAUUCACCCCCAGCAAGAUACAGUGUCUUAUUUCCAACUUUUUUAUUCACCCCACGCCCCUUUUCCCGAUUUCCCCCUGCUGUUUCGCUCCUACGUGUUAAGAGCCUUAAGCUUUACAAUAUCUCAAAUCAAAGUAACCAGUUCUCUCAAUCCCAUGACCCGAU